GACAAAACAAUUGUAAAUAAUGAAGACUGUAGCAGCUGGCGAAGCUCCAGUGGAUUCAGCACCUUAUAAAUAAACCCUGGGGGGGGGAAUCAUGGAUGCAAGGCUGACAGCACCUAAACCUCAAAUCAGCUGACCUUACAAUUCAUGCUCUCUGACCUGAGUGACAGCAUCAGCACUAACGCUCCAUGGCCGUGGUGAAAGUGUUCACACUUCUGAACCUGGUGAAGGCUGGAUGAUAAUCUGGACUGGCUGGGUCUCACUGUGCUCCAUAUAGCAGCUCUUCAUGGACACCUGGACUGUAUGGAGGUGCUUCUGGAGGCUAGAGAUUACAUGGACGUGAAUGCUAGUUGUCCUCAUGGACGCAGACCUCUACACAUGGUGCUGGCUGAUCAGAGUAAACCCAACUCGCACACCUGCCUCAAUUACCUGCUUGAACAUGGAGCCCAGCCCAAUGUCACAACAGACAAAGGCUUAACCCCACUGCAUUUGGCUGCAACAGAAGGCCUGAGAGAUUGUACGGAGACACUAGUAAGAAUUGGAGCAGACACAACUGCUCGAGACAUAAGAGGUCACACGCCCCUUGACCUUGCUCGUAUAUGGGGCCACAGGGCGAUUGCCAGGUUUCUAAGAGAUGCCAUGUGGCAAAAAGACAAACAGCAGGAAAUGGAGAAACGCAAACAGCUACAUAAUCUCAGGCAGGACCUGGUCAUGAUGCACACAAUGGCAAAAAUAAGAGAAAAGAUGGCCAGCAUCACUGUUAAUAAACAAAGGCUUUCAGAAUGGGCAAAGAGGAAGGGCUGUACUCUUGAAUGGGCUCCCAUGAACGUCAAGCAAAGAUCCAGACAUCUCCACUGUCUGUCACAGACAGGGAAGCCAAAGAAUCUCAAAAAAUGCCACCCUGGCACCCCAAAAGAAAAGUGGAACAUCUCACCCAUUCCCUCCAAACCUCCUCCUGGUAGCAUUAGUCAAUCUCAGGGUGUGCGAAUGGGAACUCUUCCUGAUGAACUGCCACCUGAACCAGACUUGCGUAAUAGUGUGAUGCUUGGCUGCUGGAGGGAUGGUUGCCCUUACUACACAGCAUCAUGGGAUGGCACUCCACAGCCAGUGCCUGACCUGCCACUGGAUAUUCUCCUAAGAGGUUUAUUCCCAUUGGCAUUCCCAUCACGGCUUGAUUCUCCUCAUCACUUCAAGAGUUCCAGUGUGCUGGAUCUGCCACGUCUAGGCCGCUCCUCAAGACUGAAGUCCUCUCCCUGGACCGAGGUGGCAAUGCAUCUGGCGGAGGAGUUGCAGCCAGGACACUAUUAGAAAUUACAGAUCUGAGCCCGCUAUUGGCUGGAUAGAUCGAAGUAAGAUUUUCAAUAAGUGGCUGAAGAUUAAAAUAUAAAUAAGGCUGGAUUGGUGUUAUUGACUUUUACUUCUCUGUACUUUUGACGUUGUGCUAAAUAGAGAUGCCUCUGGGUAUGUUCAGUAUGGAAUAUUGCAUACUGUGGAGUAUAGUUUACUGCCUACUGCAUGCAUUUAAAAAAGUAUCACCCUAAUAUGUUGCAUUCAGUGAUUGGUGUUCAGUGAUCAUCUCAGAAAUAAAUUGGUUAUUUUG